CCCUCCACACCACACCCAUGGCCUGCAACAGCCUCUGCCGUCCCUGCGGACCCACCCCGCUGGCCAACAGCUGCAACGAGCCCUGCGCCCUGCAAUGCCAGGAUUCCCACGUCAUCAUCAACCCUUCCCCUGUGCUGGUCACCCUGCCAGGACCCAUCAUGACCUCCUUCCCCCAGAACACCGCCGUCGGAUCCACCUCCUCCGCUGCUCUGGGCACUGAACUCAAUGCCCAGGGACAGCCCAUCUCUGGUGGAUUUGGCUUUGGUGGCUUUGGCUACGGCCUGGGAGGCCUGGGCUGCUAUGGCAGAAGGGGUGGCUACAUCUGCUAA